AUUAUUUUGUGUGUUAUUCAGUCUAUUAGACAAUCAUUCCAGUAGUUAUAGUGAUCUGUUGACAAUAAAAAUAGUAUUUAGUUGUCAAGACAACGAUAAAAAAAAUAGGAAAGUAAAAAGGAGAAAUUUUAAUUUGAAAAUAAAAAAAAUGUUUUCAAAAAAGAAAAAAAAACCCCAAAUCUCGAAUCCAUCGAAUUUUGAGCACCGUGUACAUACUGGAUAUGACAAGAAGGAAGGAAAAUAUAUUGGAUUACCAUUGCAGUGGGCUUCAAUAGUGGGAAAUAAUCAAGUUCUAAAAUCUUCCAAUCGACCUCUCCCAUUAGUUGAUCCCUCUGCUAUUACGCCUAUCGAAAUAUUAGAUUUAAAAACUAUCGUUAGACCACAAAGUAGCUUAGCAACAUCCAUUGGAGAUAAUUCAAAUACAUCGUCUCUUGGUCAUGAACUCCAUAAUCCACAAACAUACAAUGGCUUUAAUCUUCCCAAAAUAUCUCACGUAGCACGAUCGAAUUCUUUAAGAUGCUCAAGUCCACCUCGAAACCAUCGUGAACCUCAUAUUCCUAACUCCGUUCAAGAGGAAACUCCACAACAAACAAAUCAACCUGUACAUCCAUUAAAUCCUGGCCAAGCACAAUCACAUCAUCAGCAGCAAUAUCCACUUGCAUUAAUUCAUCAAGUAGAUACAAACGUAAGGAAAAUGCAGCCACAACCUCAUCAAUUACCACAAUUACCCAUCAAUGUCCCAUUCCAUUCAAUGAUGGCGAAUAAUAAUAAUAACUCACUUCAAUUUAACGGAAAAGCUGGUCAGCCACAACCAAGUGUUUAUGGAAAUCUUCAUCAAAAUGCUCCUAUAAAUACACAACAAUCUCAAUCGAAUAUUCAAGGUCCACUUCAAUUACAGCAGCAUCAUUUUCAACAAAAGCAAUAUGAACAACAGCAGCAGCAAUUACAAAAUAAUAAUAAUAAUAAUACUAGUGCUCCAUUAAGGCUCAAUCAGGAUAUAGCGAAUAAUAACAAUAAUAAUCCAUCAAGAGGAUCAGUAACAAGUAGUGCAAACUCGACGGGAGGAGGAAGUGGAGGGCUCCAAUUGCCUUUAAAUCAACCACAAAGUCAUCCAGGCAGCAUGAAUGGAACCAAUGGAAAACAAGAACAGCGUUUAACUCAUGAACAAUUUCGAGCAGCACUACAAAUGGUGGUAUCUUCAGGCGAUCCUAGAGAAAAUCUGGAAAACUUUAUAAAAAUUGGUGAAGGUUCAACUGGUACAGUUUGGAUUGCAUUGGAAAAGAAUACAAAGCGUAAAGUUGCCGUUAAGAAAAUGGAUUUAAGAAAACAACAAAGACGUGAGCUGCUUUUUAAUGAAGUUGUCAUUUUACGCGAUUAUCAUCAUCCUAAUAUAGUUGAGACAUACAACAGUUUCUUAGUGAAUGAUGAAUUAUGGGUUGUUAUGGAAUAUUUAGAAGGAGGCGCAUUAACUGACAUUGUCACACACGAUAGAAUGGAUGAAGAGCAAAUUGCCACUGUGUGCAAGCAAGUUCUUAAAGCUCUGGCUUAUUUGCACUCUCAAGGAGUAAUUCAUCGUGACAUAAAAUCUGAUUCUAUAUUAUUGGCAUCCGAUGGACGAGUCAAGCUUUCCGAUUUCGGAUUCUGUGCUCAAGUAUCCCAAGAAUUACCAAAAAGAAAGUCAUUGGUUGGAACUCCUUAUUGGAUGAGUCCUGAAGUCAUCUCAAGAUUGUUGUAUGGACCAGAGGUUGAUAUUUGGUCACUAGGAAUCAUGGUGAUCGAGAUGAUUGAUGCGGAACCUCCAUUCUUCAAUGAGCCACCAUUACAAGCAAUGCGCAGAAUUCGAGAUAUGCCACCACCAACACCGAAAAAUAUUCACAAAGUAUCACCUCGUUUAAGACGAUUCCUUGAUAAAAUGUUGGUGAGAGAUCCAUCGCAACGAGCGAGUGCGGCUGAAUUGUUAUCUGAUCCAUUUUUGUUAGUUGCUGGACCUCCUAGUAUUUUAGUGCCUAUCAUGACUUCGUCUAAACAAUUUUAAUCAACAUACAAUUUUAAUGUUAAAGAGUUUAGUUUUAUGAACCGUGUAUCAUUAUGAUUACUAAUUGAUACAAUCAAGAGAAUACAUUUAUAAGAAAUCAACCUGCUUAUCAGUACUUAUCUUAACCAAGACAAAAAAUGUUUAAAAGUAUUAAUCUUUCCUGGAAUCUUUAAUUAAUCGAAUGCAUUUCCUUGUUAGUAAACAGUUUUUAAUUAUUUUAUUUAUAAUUGUUGUAAGUUACAUGCAGCAUAAAAACACAAUGAGUAUUUG